GCCCGUGCCGUCGAAAACAACAUACCGCAUAAUCCGUACCGCUCAAUUAUCCGGGGACUUCAUGGAACAUCUCUUUUUUCGCCAUUUCCGUUUCGUAGAACCGUGGAAUAGGUUGUGUGUGGAGUUCAUCUGCGGUUGCUCAGUACGGAAAUUUAAAGCAAACCCCCAAUUAAAACAUGCCAGACUGGAGAGAACGUGACGAUUCGGACCGCGGCUAUGGUGGCGGCGGCGGCGGCGGCGGUGGUGAUAGCUACAGCUAUGACCGGGAACGCCGGGACUACCGUAGCGACCGUGGCGGAUACGAUCGUAAUGGCGGUGGUGGUGGUGGCGGCUACCGUUCGGGUGGUUACGGAGGCCGCCGCGAUGACGACGGUGGUUACCGUGGUGGUGGCGGUGGCGGCGGCUACCGUGGAAACGGCGGUGCCGGCGGCGGCGGUGGCAGCCGUGGCCCGCCGAGGAUUGACCCGGCGACGGCAAAGACCGAAGUGUUUGAGGUCGAAGCCGACAAGGUUAAGUUCAUUAUCGGUCGCGGCGGUAACAAGAUCCGUGAGAUCCAGGACCGUUGCCGUGUGUCGGUGCAGAUUGACAAGGCUCGCAACGAGAAUGGCGCCAAUAAUGUGUCGGUCAUGGGCGAUCAGCUGAACAUUGAUCGUGCACGGGACAUGAUCAAUACCAUCAUUAACGAUGAUCGGCGGGACCGGGAAGACGACCGGCGGCGUGAUGGUGUUUCCAUGGCCUUCUAAGAUGCAUCUCGGGAACGAUGUUUCAAUGAUGAUGUCCACUAGUGGCGGUGAUGGCGGUGGCGGCGGCGACAGUGAUCAGCAGCAGCAGCAGCAGCAACCUCUACGUACAGUGCGCUGUGGAAGAAAGUAAAGAAGGGAGGAGAGCAUGCAACCAGAGAAGUGAACAGUGAGCUGCAGUUCGUAAACAUAUACAAACAAUUACAGAAGAAACAGAUCAACGCAUUGAAGAAGAAAACCGGUCAAACACAGAACUGCUAAACAAAUCGCCCGCUAAUUAGCAAGAGAUAACAAAAAUGCAAUCAAUAAUACCGGCGCGGCGCAAUAUGAAAGCUAAAGUACAAGAUUUUCUUCUAUUACAGCAAAGCAAACAAACAUGAAAGGUGUGCAACGUUUUGAUUUCUACUACAGCACUACUCAAAGAGGACUAUUUAAGUAAGAGCAAACAGACAAAAUAGAAACCGCAUGAAGCAAGCAAGUAAGCGUUAAUCGUUACAAGUGCGAAACAGAACAGCGAAGAAAAUCCUCAUGUAUAGAGCAAAGGCAGACGGACGGACAGACAUUAUGUGCAAACAUAGGAAAACAUAACACACGAAAAGAAUCCAUCCCUCUCUCUCUCUCUUUGUCUAUCCCCGGGAGUAGAGUUUUUAGUAGUGUUGUGGUACGAACCAGGAGGAGAGAUCUCACACUCGCGCGAGAUGUAGUAGCGAAAAGAAAAGCGGAAGUUCCAUUGCAUUUCUAUUUGUGUCCGAUAGUAAACAGAAAAAACAGGUAGACAGACGAUGCGUGGUGUACACGUGUGUGUGUGCGUGCGUGCGUGCGUGCGUGUUGUAUGUGCAUUUGAUAAGACGAAACACGAGAUAAGCUUCACACAUGCACACGUCAACACAUUCACAGUGUUAAAGAAGGAGAGAGAGAGAGAGUAAGUUGUAGUAUAUGCGCGCGUCGUCCUCGUCGUCCGCCGUGGCAUGCUGCGAUGGUGAUGACGAGGAUGACGAUCAGGAUAAAGCUGAUUGUACAGUUUAUCGCUCCGUAUAUUUACUUGGCUUUUAACCUAUCGGACGCGCUCCUCUCGAAUUGGUGUGUCGUAUCCUUUAUCGUGUACAUUUGACGAGACUGAUUCCAUUUGUUUUUUUUUUAUAAUUUAGUAAUUGUGCUAAUCAAUCGAUCGCGUUUAGGCGAGAGCGCAUCUUUUCCCCCUUUUUUGAUUUUGUUUUUGUUCGUUCUCCGGAGGCCUCCGCAAAAUAGAAAGCGCGUGUUAAUAUUCCUUUAACACAAACACAGAUGUACCCAGAGUUUUCCAUUCGUUCCUCUCUUCUGAUUAAUUAUUACGUACGUAUAUGCCGUGAAAUAUGGAUUUUUAAAGCUAACACUUUGGAAGGAAAAGAUGCGCGAAGCAACACGACGGAGGGCAAGGAUUUAAAAUGGGUUUAGCUUUUAUCAAUCGUGUACCGUACCGUGAACCCCCGUGAGGCCUCCUCGGCGGAGGUGUAUAGGCAUUGUGACAAAACGCAUAUAGAAGGAGCAGCAGCAAAAGGGGAUGAUGGGGGGGAUGUGAAAUGGGGCAAAAAUACUUUUACUACUAACACAAUCGAAAGCGGAAAAUUGUACUAUCCGGACCAAACUCGACGGAAACGUAAAAGAUAGGAGAACAAGCAGCAGAAACACACACACACAGUAUGCGUAUUAUAUGGUAUGAUGGCAGGUAACAAUGUACGGCUCUCCACUCAGCAAACGGCGAAGCAUUAAACAGGAUUAGUGAGAAGCAAGAAGCAUGUGAAACAUACGCAGAAAAAAUAUAUAAACCGUGUGAAAUGAUAA